UUAUUUCCGGUCUAGUGGCGCGCCAUCUUCCUCCCUUCCCGAUAGUUUAGCUGUGCACUCCCUCGUUGAUGGUCCUUACUAAGACACUCUGAGUAUAGUGAAAAGGUCGAUUGGAGGGUAUUUUCGCCAUCUACAACACCUCUACUGUUAAUUACGGUUAUUCAACAGAACCAGAAAUGGAAGAUUUUGAAAUGCCAAGGGGAGACAAACUUAUACUAAGAGGGUUGAAGUUCCAUGGUUUCCAUGGGGUGAAGCUUGAAGAGAGGAAGCUGGGUCAAAAGUUCUUGGUAGAUGUGGAUGCGUGGAUGGAUCUUCGGAAGGCUGGUAAAUCUGAUGAUAUUGCAGAUACAGUUAGUUAUACUGAUAUUUACCGUAUAGCUAAGGGAGUAAUGGAAGGAAUACCUUAUAACCUCCUAGAGUCAGCUGCUCAACUCAUUGCAUCAACCACUCUCAAUAAGCACCCACAGGUAUCUGCUGUCCGGGUCAAAGUUGGGAAACCGCACGUUGCUGUUGAGGGUUCUGUGGACUACCUCGGAGUUGAGAUUAUCCGAUACAGAAGCAGGGAUGCAUAAGAUUGAAUUUAUAUAUUACCCGUAAGUUGAGAUGUUUAGUUAUUCUUGUUGCUGUUGUUUUUGAUGUUACCAUGGUCAUUUCUGAUCACCCAAUAUGGGAUUAGGUUUAAGAUUGUCUACCUGUACCAGUUUGAAGAGACUAAAAUGGAUAAUGGAUGACAAAUGAGAGGUAAAUCA